AUGCCGGAGCUGAUGGCGCUGGUCUUCAACUACGUUGACCCUCUCACCCGGCCCUGCUGUCGCGCUGUGUCUCGCCACUGGAGCGCCAUCUUCGACCUCUGCAGGGAGUUCUGCGCCCGGUUGGCCGCUGAGGGCCGGCUCGCCGUGCUCGAGUGGGCUCGCACCAACGGGUGCCCGUGGGACUACCGCACCUGUGCCUCGGCCGCCCGGCGUGGCGACCUCGCCUUGCUCCAGCGCCUCCGCGCCGACGGAUGUCCGUGGGACAAGUCCACCACCUCUGCCGCGGCCGCUGCGGGCCAGCUCGACGUGCUCAAGUGGGCACUGGCCAACGGGUGUCUCCUCGCCGAGCCCAUGAUCUGCAACGAGACCGCAGCGGCAGGCCAACUGGCGUGGACCUGCGCCAAGGCCGCCCAGGGUGGCCACCUCGAGCUUCUGCAGUGGGCGCGGGCCAACGGGUGUCCGUGGGACCAGAUGACGUGCGCGCUGGCGGCUGAGGGCGGUCACAUGGAAGUUCUGCAGUGGGCGCGCGACAACGGUGGGCGCGGGCCGGCGGCUGUGCGUGAGACGAAUGGGCGCCAGCGCUGGCGGCCGGCGGCGGCCACCUUGAGGUCCUACAGUGGCUCCACGCCAAUGGCUGCCCGUGGGACGCCAAAACCUGUGCAUCGGCGGCCGAGGGGGGGCCACCUGGACAUACUUCAGUGGGCGCGGGCCAACGGGUGUCUGUGGGACGAGAAGACGUGCGCCAGGCCAGCUGGAGGUGCUCCGUGGGCGAGCGCCAACGGGUGUCCGUGGGGCCGCCAGACGUGGGCCAACAUGAUCAAGCGAGGCGACGCCGACAUGGUUCGGUGGGCGCGCGACCAUAGUGGCCAGCCGUGGGAUGCCCAGGCAUCGUGUGCCGCGGCCGCGCGGGGAGAUCUAGGCCUGCUGGAGGCGUACGCCGAAAACGGGCCGUGGGACGAGGAGAUCUGUUUGGCCGCGACGAGAGGAGGUCAUCUCGAGGUGGUCCAGUGGCUGCGGGCCAAGGGCUGCCCCUGGAGCCCCCACACGUGUACCCACGCUGCGCUGAAAGGGCACCUGGAGGUGGUGAAGUGGGCUCGCGCCAACGGCUGUCCAUGGCGCGCCGACACCAUUCGGCUGACCAGGCGGCGCCAAAGGGUGCUGGCCUGGGCCGCUGAGAACGGGCUUGCUCUGGAUGCGUGA